GGCUGUCUGAUGGCACGCUUCCUGUACCGGAUGGCACAGCGGCGCAUCCUUUUGUUCCGGUCGCGCAUUGUUUGGCGGAGCUCGGUCCAGUCGCCGCUAUGAUCAGCUGUGGAGUGGUCGUUUUGCUGGCCAACGUUGCUGUCGGCUUGGUCAUAGUGGAAGAAGAAGAUCCUAGAAGAUGGGUGUCAGCUGCAUACUACACUCCUUCACAUUCAGCAAACAGCGGUUCCUGUCCGAUGGACCUAGGAAGCGGAAAGAGUCAUCCAAAGUGUGUUCCACUGUCAUCGUGUCAGUUGAUUAGUGAUCUGAUGGACAGAAGUUGUCUUGCACCCGGAAAGCUGUCAGAGCUGGUGUGCGGCUACCGUGGGAUGGAGCCUUUGGUUUGCUGCCCAGCAGCAGGGCUGGACACGGGGCUGCCACCAUCACCAACAAGGCCUCCUCAGGACUCACCGGUGGUCACCAAACCGACUGGCUUCAGUGGCAAGUGUGGCCAGCCCAUUGUCAGAAGCUCACCGGGUGGACUUGGGUCUCAGCCGUGGGUCGCCAGGGUCGGAUUUGUUAAUGUGCAGACAGGAGGCCAAAUUUACCCAUGCAGUGGUUCAAUCAUCUCUCCUAACACAAUUCUCACAGCAGCUCAUUGUGCUCUUGCCCAACGGGAGGGCUUCAAGCUUGCUACUGUCCGUGUUGGUGAAUAUGACAGUAGGGGUGAUCCUGACUGCACCCCUCAGAUGUGUGCUUUCCCUGUUCAAGAUAUCCCCAUCAACCAUGUUGUGGUGCAUCCUGGAUUUCAAAGGAUCAAUUACAAGCAUGAUAUUGCUCUGCUUGUGCUAAAAUCUUCUAUGAAUUACUCAUUAGCUGCACAACCAAUAUGCAUCCUUCAAAAUGGAGACGUACCUCUACAAGGAAGAAGAGGUCGACUCAUUGGUUGGGGCAAACUUCCUGGGCAAACCGGGACACCAGCGAGGCAGCAGCAGCUGGAGCUGCCCAUCGUAGCACUGGACCAGUGUCGGCAGAUCUACAGUUCCAAGCUGCCUGUCACCAAUGACCAGCUGUGUGUCGGGGGAGAGCAGGGGCGCGAUGCAUGCUCCGGCUUCGGAGGUGCACCACUCGUGCUGCUGGACGGUGCGACGAGAACGCGAUACUACCAGGUUGGGAUGGCAUCAUUUGGCUCAAACAAAUGUGGGGCCGCAAACAUUCCAAGUGUGUAUACAAACAUACAGAAAUAUGCUGAUUGGAUUAAAAACAAUAUGUAACUUUAUGGAUGUCAUACACAUUUGAUAAAGAUGGUGAUUAUAACAACUGAAAUAAAAUAUACCAAUAUAAAUCUUGUGUUUAUUGUGAAAAUCCCUAUAUAAUUUUAACAAGUUAAAUAAUUAUAUCAGUAACUUAAAUAGGCAGCAUUACUGUGUUGUUAUUUAUCAAAACAGGAUUGCAAUAUAAUGCCAAUUCCCAUACAAUUCGACAGAAGUGAGGCUUUCGAAAGCAGUACUAUGUGCAAUGCAAUCAGUCGAGGCUUUCUGAAUUUCGAGCUACAGCCAACUCACAGUCCACACACUAAACUGAUGCAACAAAAUAAAUGUUUUAUACACAAAUGAAAAAAAGAAAAUAAUAAAACUGUCAAAUGAUGUAAUGAGAGUAAAUAAGUACAUUAAAACAUAGGCCUUUGUACAGAAAGUUAUGAAAGUAUCUGACUUUCUAAAUAUUUCCUUUAAAACUGGUUUACAAGCAAACAAACGUACAAGACACAUGAAAAAUUGUACAUUUGUUUAAAUUCAAAUGUGGUGGUCAACAGAAAGUUAUAAACAGGACAUUUUCUGUGCAAUGAAGCAAGUUUGGGUGUAUACUUUCACAUUUAUUUUACUCUAUUCAGAUGUGUACAUCUAACUCUGCAUAUCUCUACGUCUACGACAACAUGUAAGUAUAUAAUUUGUAAUUAGAAUCUUCAUUAUCACAAACAUUAUUCUCUCUGUGUCUGGAGGCAUAAAUCAGCUACACAUUGCCACAGCAUAGUAUAAAAGCAAAUAUUUAUUUUGUUCAACUUCUUUCAAUGUGCUGUCAAGUCUUGGAUGAAAUAAAAUAAAGUUUGAAAGAAGUAAUAUUGACGCACAUUUUCUUUGGUGUGAGAAUAGAUGCUUUGAUGUGGAAAGACAAUAAUGCAAUAUUAUUCAAAUGACAAUGCUUCUUAAAAGUAUCUCAAGCAAAGCACAACAAUAAUUAAAAUAAAUAUUGCACACAGCACUGGUCCACAUAUCGCACAGAACUCAAAACGAUCAAAUAGCACACAGGUUUAUACAACCAUGUGGGAGUGAAUGCAUCUUUAUAAUAGCAACUUGAUUGUUACCCACAAAUCUGGAGUUGGUAAACAGAAAUAGCACAAAGCAAUAUACUUGAAACUGUGCGCACAAAUAUAUAGAUCAGUGGGUAUAACAAGGAACGUUACAGGCGAAGCACCGAUAUCUUAUUUUUUCUUGGUUUUAGGAGAGGUGGAUUGAAACACACUUGAUGCAGACAUCAAAUUCUCUAUGUAUUGGCCCAACACUUGGUUCUCUGAACGGAGCUUCAGAUUUUCUUCCUUUACGCUAUCAACACGCUGAGAGAGAUCGUCUAGCGUGUUUUGCAACUCCAAAACUUGAGAAAUUAGUCGUGCUUUCUCUUCUUGCUCGUCUGGACUUAUAUCUGG